AUGGAGGGCGCGCAUGCCGCGGACCACGAUGUGAAGGUGAAGGUGCACAAGGAGACCAGCACAAAUGAUCCUCCUGCAGAGGAAUACAUAUUUGGUGAAGAUGAUGAAGUCAUUUUCAUUGGGAGCGUUGUUGCGGGGGCGAAUUCGAGAAUGAGCUGCGAGGAAGUGCUGCCUCCUGUCAAAUUCGAAGAACCCAGCACGAGUGAGCCAGAACAAGAGACAGAACAAGAGUCGAAACGCAAACGAGGGAGGCCGCGAGGCAAAAGGAGAAGCUUGUUCAGCCUUGGGCGGCCCAGUAAGCCGCAACAAGAGGCCGCACCCACGGAUCAAUCCUGUUGCGCUCUGUGCCGCAUGGACGAUCCUUCGCUUGGCGACCUGAAGCGGGUAGGCAUCGGCCGAUACGGACGCAAGCCCCUCUGGGCGCACUCGGAAUGUCUCCACUACGCCUCUCGCAAGACUGAAGACGAAUCCGAUCCCGACCUCGUGACCCGUGCUAUCUAUCACGCUCUCCCGUGCAAGCGAUGCAAGAAGAAACGAGCUACGAUGGGCUGUCGGAUAGAGCGCUGUCCAUACGCCUGCCACUAUCCGUGUGCCAUCGAAUCGGGAGGCGAAUACGUCGAUAACGUCGGUUUCUACUGCCCUGGUCAUGUCCACAUCGCCAAGAAACAGGCGCUGACGCUCACCAAAUGGCCGACAGAAAGUCCGGUGCAGUACACGGCCGUGAACAUCUGGGACGACAUUGACACCGAGGACAUUGAAUUUAUAGCAGCCCACAGCCACCACUGGGAACAGUACACGCCCACGUACCUCAACCAGAACUUGGCCUCCAAGGUGUUCGUGCAAGAGAUCUUUUUUGGCCACUGGGCCUACUGCACAAACCUCCGGAAGCAGGGCAUCGCCAAGCAAUAUGAGGUGCGGGCGUUGGUGGACAUCGAAAGCGAGGAUAUGAUCGGGGAGUAUGUGGGAAGGGUCCGCUAUCAGAAGGAUAUUGAGGAUUCUCAAUACGUCGCCAACUUCUGGUACCCGCCUGAACUGGGCGACCUGGGCGAUAAGCAGCUGUGCCUCGACGCCGAGCACGAGGGCAACGAGAUGCGGUUCGUGAACUCGGUGGCCCCCACAACAGCUUUCUACAUCCGACAGAAUGCCACGAUGUCCACCCUGUGGUGCCGAAAUCAGUUGCGCGUGGUACUGACGGCAACGAAGAAGAUUCUCAAGGGUCAGCCCAUCAUCGUCAACUACAACGAGUUCAGUUCGUCCUUCUUCGAGGAGAACAUGCCCUUCCUCCCUCGCUUCACGAUCAACAUCCCGCCCAUCCCGCCAGAAGUGCUCGCCAGCGGCAAGAAGUCGGCCCUGGCCCAGCUGCUGCCGCCCGCACUGCCGCCGCACGAGACUAAGUCGCCGGCGACCUUGGCCAUCAAGCAGGAGCCGAGCAAGGAAGAGGGCGAGGAGGUGGAGGCAAGGGUGGCCAAGAGACCGAGGCUCACGACCGACCAAACCACUCGCCAACCCCCAGCCGAAGUUAUCGUGAUAGACUGA